CAAUGGUGAACUCGUCCUAACCGUUAGUUCGUCAAUGUCAUCCCCGGAAACGAAGAGGAAGAAGAAGACAACGCCGCCUACGAUUACGACGAAGCCGUCAACGCCGCAAUGGGCCAUAAUCCCUUCACUUCCCGAUGAUUUGGCAUUGAGCAUCGUCGCACGCGUCUCAAGAUUGUACUAUCCGAUUUUAUCCCUCGUCUCCAAAAGCUUUCGAUCUCUCGUAGCUUCACCGGAGCUAUACAAGGUCAGGUCACUCUUGGGAACCACCGAGAGUUGUCUCUAUGCGUGCUUCAAGUGCUCUGCUGGUUUUUGUUGGUUUACCCUCUGCAGGAAACCUGAUCAUCAUCAAACCCUAACCAACAAUGAGGAGAAGAAGAAGUCAUCAACAACAACAAGUGGGUAUGCUUUGGCUUCAGUCCCAAUCCCCAAUUCUCCUUGCGCGGAGUUUGCGAGUAUGGUGGCGGUUGGUUCUGAAAUCUACGACAUUGGCGUCGCCGCAACCCGCGAAAUCCAAUACAGGAAAGCCUCCUUCUCUAGCGUAUUUAUUCUGGAUUGCCAGUCUCACACGUGGCGCACGGCUCCAAGCUUGCCGAUGGAGCUGUAUACUGUCUCUGUUGGCGUCAUCGAUGGAAAGAUUUAUGCCACAGGAUUAUGCGCUGAUGACGAUCCCAAUAUUAAUAUUUGGAAGUUGAAGAACUCGUUCUCGCUUUUCGACCCAAAAACACAAGCUUGGGAUCCUCAGCCCUUCCCCUGCCGUCCAGUCGGUAUGUUUGACCGCCACAGCGCAUCUAUUGACGGAAAGGUACAUGUGGUGGCUGGUAAAACGAUGGCUGCUUACGAUGUCAAGGAAGCUAAAUGGGACAUAUACUCUAAUCAAUCAAUGCAUUAUGGCAUGGUUUCUAAUUCUUAUUGCCAGAUAGAUAAUGUUGUCUACUCGGCUUCUCCGGAAUCAUUCAGAUGGUAUGACACCGAGGCAGCAAGGUGGAGAGUUUUGCAGGGUUUGGUUGGACUACCCAAGUUUCCUCGUGAUUCUGUUUUUAGAUUGGCUAAUUUUGGUGGAAAGCUAGCUGUUAUGUGGGAGACGGUCUAUUAUUACACCCAACAGAAGAAGAUUUGGUGUGCGGAGAUUGUGCUUGAAAGGCGCAGCGCAACUUGUGAAAUUUUGGGGAAAGUUGAGUGGUUUGAUCAUGUGCUUACCCUUACAGCACAUGCAUUUGAUGAAUUCAUCAGUAUUAUUGCUGUUACUGUUUGAUGGAUGUGUCGCAAGGCUUCAACUUUUGUGUUCUUUUUGGUUAUUUGGAAUGUGAGUGUUCUUUUUAAGUGUAGUAUGUGAUAGACCUUCCAAUGCCAUAUACAUAUGGGAGAAUAAAAGAAGAGGACAACUUAAGGAAACCUGGGAGAUAGAAUUGAGUCAGUGAGGAGUCACGUGGGGGUAAGGAGGCUCACCUGUAACCAAGUAUUAUUGUGCUUUGAUUUGUAUUUCGGUGUCGUUCUGGUUCGUAGUUUUUAA